AUGCCAGUUUUUGAGGCAUUUGCCUCCUUGUACCCUUCAGUCGAAAAGAUCGAAAAGCUUCAGCAGAGGGCCAGCAAACCGAAUGCGCCGUGCUCCAAGCAAAUGCUCGCAUGGGCGGAUUGCGUCAAGACAGCUCAGGCAAGCUACCCCGAGGAGGUUGCUACGAUUAACCCAAAUACCUGGGCAGCCUAUCAUUUGAGGAAGUGUCUUCAUCCCUAUGUCGAUGCCCGCGAAUGCCAGGUCGAAAAGAUGGCGAAAGUUGUCAAGGGAAUGAAAGAGCAUGUCACGGAAGAGCAAUGGGCGGAAGCCCAACAGAAAAUGCGUUUUGUCGCUCACAAAUCUAUUGGUACAGAAAAAUUCGAUCAAACCUGGAAAGCUGAUAUGGAUUACUCUGGAUACUUCAAGGCGUAUCGAUCGUACAUGGAGGAACAGUUCAAGUUGGAAGACGAACUCAAAGUGGAAAUUGCCAACCCUGCCAACGGAGGUGUGCCCCAGGAGCCCUAUAAGUUCCUCCCCAAGCCUUUUGUCUACAAGGGAAACUAA